UUUUUUUUUUUUUUGUCUUUCUUUCUCGCCUUCGUCUUUCUCUCCCCAAAAAAUGGAAUGAAUGCUCAUAUGCAAGAUAGACAGUCACAGCAAUUAGAAGGGAAAUCUAACUGGUUGAGUAAAUCGUUGUCUGACUGCGGAUUCGCCUUGCCGCAGUCAAUCAGCCAUCUACGCUGGCGAGUAGGCGCGUAUGCAGUAAAACAACAGCCUUGCCAUUUCCAUCUGCCCCUUCCUUCCCCCACUAGAUCUCUCAUUCAUAAAGCAAACCUGCAGGAAGUUCCUCUUUCAACACAGUCCGCUUCCCAGUAGUAAACUCUUCGCAUCGUGAUCGCGGAGCUCUUUCGAAAACCAUGGAACGCCUCCGGCAAAUCGCAGCGCAUUUCAAUCUGUCCGGACUUCCCACCGCGCCCAUUGUCACCAUCUCCAAGGCAUGCUUCAGCCAUGUGAGGGAACAAGUGACUCAGGUGGACUUGUCCAACGCUCUGAACCGCACCGUGCAAUACGUUUCCGAGAAUCCUAAAACCGCUCUCUGGAACGGGGUGCAGGUCACGGCCGUUCUCUGCCCCGGCAUGAUCACUGUGCCCAUUCUGAGCCAAGCUGGAUUUACAAGCCUAGGGCCAGCUGCUGAAUCGGCAGCUUCAUGGGCACAGCCAAAGAUGGGGUCUGUCGUUGGACGAGGAAUCUUUGCGUAUGUCCAAAGCGCUGGGAUGGGUGGGUAUGGACGCCCUGUCGUUGAGGGUGUGGCUAGAGUAGUGAUUCUGAUGCCACGGGCAGCUGGCCGGACGUGGAGGUACUUUCGGGGAUAGUAUCAUUAUUCUUCUGAGUGAGUGCUAGUGCUUCUCUGCUGAAGAGAUAGUUAUUUGGCAUAUUGCAUAGAGUGAAUUGAGUGUGUUGUCGCACGUAAAGAAGGACAGUUUCUACAACAAUGAGCUGGAAUGGUUGCAGUCACGGACGGACAAUACAUACAUAUAUAUAUAUAUAUAUAUAUAUACUUAUUCUUCGUCAUGAAUCACCACUACUGAUAUCAAUCCCAAUAAAA